AUGACGUUUGAUAAGUUCAUAAAACAGGAAUCAAAUGAAGGUGAACUCCAAGAAAUAUAUUUAGCAUUGAAAUCAGCAUUUGAAAAAUUUGAAAAGUCGUGGAAUACAGUAGCACCAUAUAUAAAGCAAUUCGGAUGUCAAAAAUUUGAGGAAUUUCCCACAAUUUCGCUCCAAUCGUCAGUUAUGUAUGGUUUGGCAGAAGAAACUGAUUUUGGGAUUUAUCUUUCUGCCAUUCUUUCUUACUUGAUUGAAUUGCAAAAUCUGUUCUUGGAAGAAACGAUUGAUAUUCCAGACUCAUCAGUCCUUUAUGAUCAUGUGCUUGACGAAUCAUUUUCAUCUGAGAAUGCAUCUAAAAUGCUUCCUGCUAUAGAAAUGAUAAUAUGCAGUGUCAACUGUAAACUUGAUUGUGAAACAUCUAUUAAGGAUUAUAUUUCUCAGCAAAUGGAUUUGUUAAUCUUGACAGAAAAUGCAGAUUUUUAUGAAAAUGCGAAAUAUAAAGUCCCACUAUCGCAGGACAUGGAAAUGCAGAUAAUUAAAGUUACUUUCUUCGAUAAACAAUUUCAGAAUCAGAUUUCUGCUUGUGAAUUAUUGACUGCAUUGAAGCGAUUUUUGGUCCGUUACUUGAUGGUAGAUGCUUUGGAGUAUAUAACCACAAAUGAUAAUCUAACCGACUAUUUAACCAAUGAGGAUUUUAGUUGUUGGCCUUCGGUUAGUUCUCUAGAAAUUGCAAAAAAUCUGUUUCCAUCUGGAAUACAAGUUGGCCAAACGCAUUCAGUUUAUAAACUCAUAAGUUCUAGACAAACAAGUAAUCAACCUAGUGUCUCAUAUAAUUGCUUGUAA